GCAACGCGUAGAUCUGCAGUCUUUGAAUGCAGCGCUGUUACCAGUAAAGCCUUAUCUACCGUUGUCCCUACAUGUAGUUCGAAACACAACUCCGAAACGAACAAGUAUACUUAUUAGGAUCCCCUGUGCGGACCCAAGCGCAGAUAGUCACUGAGCUGGGAGUUUUCAUUUACCUUCUAGAGUCUGGAAGACCACGGCCACGCUCUUGCAGAUCGAUCACGGGCUUGGCUUUCGGACGCACUCCACCCUCCCUGGCGCGCAUGUAAAGCCGUAGAGAUGGCGACAUCAACGCCUGAAGCGGCGUUACUGCGAGAUCUAGGCUUAGCCAGAGGUGAAAUCGCGUACCACGGUAUUUUCACCGUCGAGGAUCAGAUUGGCCGCGGUUCAGACGCUGAUGUGUAUCGAGUAGUAUGGCAAGGCAUACCGGUAGCCGCAAAGGUGUUUCACCCAAGACAUGAUCAAGCAGAUGUGGAGGGGAGAGAUAAGAACCUGCGGCGAUUUGGCGCUGAGAUAGCAAGACUGUCUCAGCUGCACCACCCAAACUUGUGUCAAGUUCUCGGUGUUGCAGUCACUGCCGAUCGUCAUCUUCCAGUGUUAGUGGUUGAGCUAUUCGAUCAUACCCUUUGUCAAUGCAGUGUCGGUGCAGAUCGGUCUGACCAUGUCGCCCUGCUAUCUUUCCUGGCGGAUGCUGUGGCGGGUGUUCGCUAUCUCCAUAGCAGAGAUCCCCCUGUCAUUCAUCGUGACCUGACUUUGCGCAAUGUGUUGAUCAAGGGCCAGAUCGCAAAGCUCUGUGACUUUGGUUGUGCGCGACUGCGACCAACAAGUCCUGCGGAUUUGGUUGGCUUUCUUCCAGAUCUAACGGCAUGCCCAGGGAACGUGCUGUACAUGGCGCCGGAGGCUCUGCAAAACCCUCCGGUGUACGACGAAUCGCUCGACAUAUUUUCGUUUGGCGUGCUGGCCACGAGCGUCGUGACAGGAGUUGAACCGUCGACAGACCUGCACACCUCAGCAAGGAACAUCAGAGAGAUUGUGCGGCGAGCAGACGGAACGAGUGAGGAGACCGUCACGCCUAUCACUGAAGUCGAGCGGCGCGGCGUUGAUUUGGAAAGAAUACCAGACGGUCAUCCACUCAAGCCUGCAAUCUUUCGCUGCCUGGCAGUCGUUGCGGAAGAUCGUCCCAAGGCUGAGGAGCUGCAUGAGAUAGUGCUGGACACUGUGAAGGUGGCACGUGGUUUGUCUCCCCCUCAUCUUUCCAAUGUACAACGAUCUGUUGUACGUCGACUGGACUCUAUCUCCGAACAGCUAACCCAGCAAGCUGCAUCCAUUACUGCAUUGUCGGCACGCAGUGAUACGCUAGAGGAACAGCUAACAGCGGCCAUUACCAACAACCAGACAACCACACAACAACAACUUGCUGCCACACAACAACAACUGACUGCCACACAACAACAACUGACUGCCACACGUGAGCAAGUAUCUGCAGUUCAAGACAAACAGAGUUCAGCAACGCAACGACUUACUGAACAUCUGGAGGCCAUUGCUGAAAACCAGACCAUGACGCAACAACAACUGACUGCUACUCAACAACAGACUUCCCGACAGAUGACAACGUUGACGGACCAAAUUUCUGCUGUUUCUGGCCAGCUAACAACGAUGUCUGCAUCCACCCAUCAGCUGCAGAUAAGGCCUACCACUGCACCCGAAAGCCUGUCAAGUUCUCCUUCUGCCACUGCCUCAGCUACAACAGAUGUGGUACCUGUUUCUAGUCCCAUUGCUGCACAAGACAGCCGGUCAAGUUCAGCUUCUGCCCCUGCCCCUGCCCCUGCCUCUCCUACAGCAACGACAGUAAGGCCUACCACUGCGCCAGAAAGCCUGUCAAGUUCUGCUUCUGCCAUGUCGUCUGCUACAACAGCUACGGUACCUGUUUCUAGUCCCAUUGCUGCACAAGACAGCCGCUCAAGUUCAGCUUCUGCCACUACCCCUGCCCCUGUCUCUCCUACAGCAACGAGACUGCAGGUAAGGCCUACCACUGCACCAGAAAGCCUGUCAAGUUCUGCUUCUGCCACUGCCUCUGCUACAACAGCUACGGUACCUGUUUCUAGUCCCAUUGCUGCACAAGACAGCCAGUCAAGUUCAGCUUCUGCCACUGCCCCUGCCAUGACUGGCUCUCCUGCAGGAACUAGACUGCAGAUAAGGCCUACCACUGCACCCGAAAGCCUGUCAAGUUCUGCUUCUGCCACUGCCUCAACUACAACAUCUGUGGUACCUGUCUGUAGUCCCAUUGCUGCACAAGACAGCCGCUCAAGUUCAAAUUCUGCCACUGCCCUUGCCCUUGCCCCUGCUUCUCCUACAGCAACGAGACUGCAGAUAAGGCCUACCACUGCCCCAGAAAGCCUGUCAAGUUCUGCUUCUGCCACUGCCUCUGCUACAACAGCUUCUGUACCUGUUUCUAGUCCCAUUGCUGCACAAGACAGCCGCUCAAGUUCAGCUUCUGCCCCUGCCCCUGCCCCUCCUACAGCAACGACACUGCAGGUAAGGCCUACCACUGCGCCAGAAAGCCUGUCAAGUCCUGCUUCCCCCAUUUCCUCUGCUACAACAGCUACAGAACCUGUCACUAGUCCCAUUGCUGCACAAAACAGCCGCUCAAGUUUAGCUUCUGCCACUGCCCCUGCCCCUGCCUCUCCUACAGCAACGGGACUGCAGGUUAUGCCUACCACUGCGCCAGAAAGCCUGUCAAGUUCUGCAUCUGCCACUGCCUCUGCUGCAACAGCUACGGUACCUGUUUCUAGUCCCAUAGCUGCGCAAGACAGCCGGGCAAGUUCAGCUUCUGCCACUGCCCCUGCCACUGCCUCUGCUACAGCAACGAGACAGCUGCAGGGAAGGCCUACCACUGCACCAGAAAGCCUGUCGAGUACAGCUUCUGCCACAGCCUCUGCUACAACAGCUACGGAACCUUUCACUAGUCCCAUUGCUGCACAAAACAGCCGCUCAAGUUUAGCUUCUGCCACUGCCCCUACCCCUGCCUCUCCUACAGCAACGGGACCGCAGGUUAUGCCUACCAGUGCGCCAGAAAGCCUGUCAAGUUCUGCUUCUGCCACUGCCUCUGUUACAACAGCUACGGUACCUGUUUCUAGUCCCAUUGCUGCACAAGACAGCCAGUCAAGUUCAGCUUCAGCCAGUGCCCCUGCCGUGACUGGCUCUCCUGCAGUAACUAGAGCACAUGCCACAGGAGCUGCAAACACGGCUGUUUCAUCCGUUGGUAGAGGAUAUCAUGUCUUACCUGCUAUGCCAACCCCAACACAGAUUGCAAACAUCAAGAAGCGCAGAAUGUGGAACAAGUCAGUAGGACAGCAGCAUGGUAAACAUGCCAGGCUUGCCACGUACAGUGACAAACUGGUUGCUGUGUGGCGUGAUGGUGUGAACAUCACCAAGAUCACUGAGACAUCAGACCUGCAGACAUGGCACAGUAUUGACCUACCAAGUGAAUACAGUAAGCUGACUCAGCCAUCUCUGGCAUCCCAUGGUGGUAUGCUGUACAUGUACUGUAACACAUACACCAAGAGCAGCAACACAUGGGUGCGCUCUAUUCUGCAGUACUGUGACACACCAGAUAACGGUGAUGGCGGCCGCAGUGGUGGUGAUGGUGGUGAUGGUGGUGGUCAGUGGACCAAACUGACAGACGUCCCGUCGCAGUGUUACCAUGACUGGUGUUCUCUACAUGUAUGUCAUGAUGCUAUUUCUCUAUAUGGUGGCAGGUAUGCUGAUGGAACAUAUUACAAUCAUGUUAGUACCUAUUCUCUAGCUAGCAAGCAGUGGAGCUCUUCUUCAUCAUCCAAUGCUAGCCUAGUAUUACCUUCAUUGCCACUGCCAUGCAGCGUUGCAUCACUUGUCACAUUCCCUGAUUCACUGUACAUAGUUGGUGGUCCCACUGGUUGUUUUCUCAAACACCAUGAUGGUAGGUGGGUGUCCACCAGUCCACCUGAUGGUGUUAAGCUGAAGUUUAGUGCAGCAUGUGCACUGUCUGACCAUUGCAUGGUUAUUUGCCCAGGCACUCCUUCUGCUAAGUGUGUUGUAUAUGAUAUUUCAUCUGGUCAGGUCUAUCCACUACCAGCUAUGCCAGAGUACAGUGCUUACACUCCAUCACUCACACUGUUUGGCAGUACCCUGGUACUCAGUGUAGGUGGACCUGACAGUCCUGGUUCUCUGUACACACUGGAUAUGAGUGUGUGAGUGUAGUAGGUUGCUAACUACAGUCAAUCACUGAUGAUAACUACAGUAUGCAAACUGUACUGCUUUUCACUUUCUUUCUAUCGUCAGAAAGUUGAUAAUCUUUGUUUUCACAUCUCUCUGGUUGUCAAGUAUUUGUCUAGUUGUACGCUGCCUCAUCCCCUGUAAUAUAUACCCAGAUUGGUUAAGUGAAUAUUACUCUUACCUCUUUAGUCACGUCCAAACUUACCCAUUCUUUCCUUGAUGCGUCCACAGCAGGAAUGUGAAUUAUGACCUCAAUGAAAACUA